GUAAAAAAGCACUUAAACGUUAGAUCUUCAACACGUCGAGUGAUGUGCCAAAUUCGAGGAUUAAGAUCUGUCCAAGUUUACGUCUCACUUUCAGUUCUCAUUCACUGUAUUUGUCUCCUUGGACAGUGAAGGAAAAAAAUCAAAGUUCUUCUGGAGCCGCAGAGGAAUAGUCAAACGCAAAUAUCUGUCAGGGAUUUGGGUGGUAGCCACUCCCAAACAAAUAAUUGCCGAACCACCGUACUAAAGAUUAUUCGCAUCAUUCUAUUGAUGAAAACGCUGUUCAAAACGUACAAUCAGCAGUUUACCUACAAAAAUACAAGUCGUAGGUAGAAAUCAAAGCAAUUAAGAAAUCAACGGUCAAUGCAUAAGUGACCUCGUCCUUGGAUCAGAAAAUCGUUAAGGAAAACAAAAACAGAAAAAGAAACUUGAUCUCCUCCCGGUGAGAGUUCAAAAUGAAUGGAACAAAACCGAAUGGCAAAGAUCAAAUCAGGGACGACGAAUACGAGAUUGAUGAUAAACUUUAUACAAACGGAUUUAACAGCAUAUAUGAAACAGGCAGUAAUAGUAGUAGUUGCAGUGAGAUAGAAGAAAUCGAUGAAGAUAAUAAUAAUAAUAAUAAUAAUAAUAAUUCAAGUAUCCGGAGAGAAACAAACAGAAUUGGAUUUCUUUCAUUUAACGAUAAGCACCGUGGAAUACCAGCAACAAUCGAGGAAGGAUCGUUUGAAGGAGUUGGUGUAACUUUAUCUGGAGCACAAAAUAUAUAUGUAGCAGUUGGAGGGAAAUUGAAUUCCAGCUUGGAUGCACUCAGAUGGACUUUGAGACACCAUCCUUCCACGAUGAGAACCAUCAAUCUUAUCCAUGUCUUUCCGGAAGUCAGCUUUAUUCCGAGUCCAUUUGGUGGGAGAGUUCCUAAAGAUCAAGUGAGUCCAGAGGAGCUGGAAAACUACAUGUCCCAUCAAAGCCAUAAGAGAAGGGAAUUCCUUCAGAAAUUCUUGGAUGUCUGCUCUGUUUUCAAGGUUACAGUAGAGACGCUGUUGAUCGAGAGCAACAAUGUAGCGAAGGCUGUGGCAGAUCUCAUUCUCAUUCUCAACAUUAAGAAACUAGUUGUCGGCACUUCUAAAUCCAGUUACAAAAAGUUGAAGAAAGCAAACGGAAUUGGAGAUCAGAUACUCAAAAGUGCAUCAGAUGCAUGUGAUAUCAAGAUAAUAAACAAUGGCAAGGAACUAGCAAUCACCGAGGAGACAAUGACACCGGCUGGUGAAUCCCCUGCAUCCACACCAAGGAGCAAUAGCGGUGUCAUUGAUGAGACCAAGACAAUAACAGUUAAUGGUCAAUCAUCGGCAUCCCCUUUGCGACGUAACAGCAGUGUCAUUGAUGAGACGAAAACAAUAACAGUUAAUGGUCAAUCAUCGGCACCCUCUUCGCGGCGUAACAGCAGACCCUCUUCACGUCGCAACAGCAGCAACAAUGUUCUUGCUGAUUUUGACCUUGACGACCUUGUAAAAGGCUCAGGCUCCCUUUCUCCAUUUAGCUGCUUUGCUUCCAAAUUCUGUCUCAAGCAAUGAUUUCACUCAUUGGUGUGGAACUGCAAUAUUGCAUAGGUUGGUAAUCGUGUGGGUAACUUGAAGGUUGCCAACCUCAGGGGACCCUGCAAUUUUUCUACAGUGUAUUUGUGUUCUGAAAAACACUGCUUUGUUGGCAGAGAGUACAGUUACAGUGUUGUUGUAUUUACCACAAUAUAUAUAUACAGAGUUGGCCUAUCGCAUUAAGGCAACAUUCCAUUUUAAAUUGUAAAAAAAAU